AUGAAGCCCGCGCCCGCGUGCGUGAGCGCGAACUUGACGCGAACAUUGAGCGUGAGCGUGAACGUGAGCGUGAACCGUGAACGUGAGCGUGAACGUGAGCGUGAACGUGAGCCGCGAGCCGCGAGAUUGAGCGCGAGCGUGAACGUGAGCGUGAACCGCGAGCUUGAGCGCGAGCGUGAACGUGAGCGUGAACGUGAGCGUACCCCUCCGGCGGCGGCUCGCCCUUCCCCCCCGGCCACCCGCUGCCCGGCUGCACCGUGCUGCCCGACGCCGACCACGACCUCGCCGCCAAGAAAGGUAGGCCCUCGCCCGCUCAUGUUAGUAGUAGCACGUCUAUCAAGAAGUGCUAUAGUGGUCUGA